UUGUAAUAAACUGGUUGUUCUGAAAAUGUUGAUAGUUCACUUCGAAUGCAAUGGGAAUGGUCACUGUCAAAUGUUUAGAAAAUUUUGGAUAUUUUAUUAUUUUUCUUCAUAUCAUUUCAGCUGAACAUAGUUUUAACGAUAUUGUGUUUGCAAUAGAACGGUCAUCGAAUGUGACAGAAACCGAAUUCCUUCAUAGUAUCGAUUUUAUAUACAACUUGACGGAGUUGUUCGCCAUUGGACAAAAUGACACAUUAGUUUCUAUACUAACUUUUUCGAGCUCUGCUCGAGUAGAAUUUGCUCUAAAUGAUCACGAAAAUAAAACAUCGCUCUUAGAGGCAAUUUCAUCCUUGAAAAGUUUGCGAACUGAAGAAGUUGCCAAUAUCCCUUUGGCCUUAAACAUUAUCCAGGAAUACAUUCUACAAGAACAGCAGGGAGCAAGAUCUGGUGCCAACAGAACUAUAAUAGCACUAGUUAAAGGCAGGAUUAAUAUUACAUACAUUUCUGGAAUAAUUUCAAAGGAUGAAACAAAUGUUAUGUGCAUUGACAUGGAUAAUAUAGAAACAACAAAUGCACUUUGUACAGUUAUUUCAUCAUUUAGGUCAAAAUUAGAUGACAAUUUGAACAUAACAUCUACAAAUUGUGUGUCUGACGACAUUUUUAACGUUAGCCAGUCAACCUCACCAGACGAUAUUUUCAACGUGAGCCAGACAGUUUCCAGUCCUUUAAUAAAUACAGAACCUGAACACACUUAUGACAUUCUCGUGAUAAUAUUCGCAUCAGUUGCCAUAGUAAUAACUGGCAAUUUAAUUUAUUUUACAAGAAGAUUUUGGAAUACGUGUUCCAAUCUAGGAUCAAAGAAAAGGCGAAAGAAUUCAUUGGAGAUUGAAAACAAUUCUAUGUUGGACUCGAUAAGUCAAAACAAUUAAUAUCCUUAACUUAUUCCAUAUUUGUAAAAUAUUUUCAUUUCUAUUUAUUCAUUUAUAAAGUAUCAUUGCACAAAAUUACUUCAAGUUAUAUUA